GGAUGCAAGUCGGAGGAGUUCGCCACUCAGGUGGUCUCUGACGUCACCGGAAGUGUGUGCCGCGUGUGCGUGGAGGCGAAAACUGCGCGAAAGUUUGUCAAAACCGAAGCGGAAGGAGCGGCCGACAUGCACGCGCAAAUCCCGAAAGCGUGCACGAGGAGCAGCACCCUUGGGUUACGCCUGUGGGGCGUUCGGGUCCCUGGGAAAACGCCACCCGCACGACGCGGCUGCGUGGCCGAUGCACGCGACGCGGCGGCGGAGCGGUACCGCCGAACCUUCGCGGAGGCCCGGGACAGGCCGGAGGAGUUCUGGGCCCGAGUGGGCCAGGAUAUUCGCUGGUUCGAACCGUGGAGCAAAACGCUGGACGCGGAGGACCCAGUGUUCCCCAACUGGUUUGUGGGCGGAAAGCUGAACAUGUGCUACAACGCUGUGGAUCGCCACGUGGAGGACGGGCGCGGCGAGCAGGCGGCCAUCAUCUACGACAGCCCGGUGACCGGAGCCAAGCGCGUCGUCACCUACCGAGAACUCCGGGAUCAGGUCUCGCGACUGGCCGGCGUCCUGGCGAAGAACGGGGUGGGCAAAGGGGACCUGGUGGUCAUCUACAUGCCCAUGGUGCCCCAGGCCGUGUCGGCCAUGUUGGCGUGCGCCCGCCUGGGCGCGCCGCACAGCCUCAUCUUCGGCGGCUUCGCGUCCAAAGAGCUUUCGGUGCGCAUCGACCACGCCAAGCCCAAGAUGAUCGUGACCGCCUCGUUCGGGUUGGAGCCGGGCCGGCGAGUGGCCUACGUGCCCCUGCUGGAGAAGGCCUUGGAGCUCAGCUCCCACAGACCCUCCAAAGUCCUCGUCUACUGCAGAGACAACAUGGAGAAAGUCUCCGUGAGCGGGAACCGCUCUCUGGACUGGGACGAGGAGAUGGCGAGCGCCCGACCCCACGACUGCGUCCCCGUCCCCUCCGGGCACCCGCUCUACAUCCUCUACACGUCGGGCACCACCGGAACGCCAAAGGGCGUGGUGAGGGACACCGGGGGCUACGCCGUGACGCUGAAGUGGACCAUGUCCAACGUGUACGGACUGCGCCCCGGAGAAGUCUGGUGGGCGGCGUCGGACCUGGGCUGGGUGGUGGGCCACUCGUACAUCUGCUACGCCCCCCUCCUCCACGGAAACGUCAGCAUCCUGUACGAGGGCAAGCCCGUGGGCACCCCAGGCCCCGGCGCCUUCUUCCGCGUCCUCUCCGAGCACGGCGCCGCCGCCAUGUUCACCGCGCCCACCGCCGUCCGGGCCAUCCGCCAGCAGGACCCGCACGCCCGAAGCGGGGCGACGUACCCCCUCCCCAGGCUGCGCUCCGUCUUCCUGGCGGGGGAGCGCUGCGACGUGGAGACGCUGGAGUGGGCCAAGAGGAGCUUCGGGGUUCCGGUUCUGGAUCACUGGUGGCAGACGGAGACGGGCUCGCCCAUCACGUCCACGUGCGUGGGCCUGGGCCACUCCCUGACGCCGCCCGCGGGCCAGGCCGGCAAACCCGUGCCGGGCUACGACGUGACGGUGAUCGACGACCGCAUGCGACGGGUCAAGCCGGGAACCCUGGGAAAUAUCGUGGUGAGGUUACCUCUGCCGCCCGGCGCCGCGUCAUCUCUGUGGCAGAACCCGGCUCUCUUCAAGGAGACGUACUUCACCAAAUUCCCGGGCUACUACGACACCAUGGACGCCGGAUUCGUGGACCAGGAGGACUUCCUGUACAUCAUGUCGCGCUCUGAUGAUGUCAUCAACGUGGCCGGACACAGGCUGUCGGCGGGGGCCUUGGAGGAGUCGGUUUUGCAGCACCCGGCGGUGGCCGACUGCGCCGUGGUGGGCUUGGAGGACCCUCUGAAGGGGCACGUGCCCCUCGCCUUGUGCGUGCUCAAAAACGGAGUGCGACAGUCCCGAGAGGAAGUGGCGCGGGAGACGGUCAAGCUAGUACGGGAGACGGUGGGACCCGUGGCCGCCUUCCGGAAGGUUCUUUUCGUCCGGGGGCUUCCCAAGACACGUUCUGGGAAAAUUCCACGCUCCGCCUUGGGAAAUCUGGUCAACGGGAAGCCGUACAAGAUCACGCCCACCAUCGAGGACCCCGAAGUCUUCAAGGAGAUCGAGAACGCUCUGAAGUCACCCGACGGGUCACUUUAGUACGUUGCUGCACCGUUUGGAGGGAGCUGCGAUAAUCUGAGCGGCCACAUUUCAUAAUGCAGAAGAUGAGAAGGCUCGUCUCGAAAGGCAAAAAUGCAACAAAAAAUUAUGGAAUCCCAAAAAAAUGACCCCCCCCCCCCCCGCCCCAAAAAAAAAAAUUAUAAACCUCCCCCAAUAAAGCGAUUCAAAGUAAAAAUACAUUUGGGGGAGACAACAUUUUCAAUACAAUAAAAAAAAAAAAAGCAGGUAAAAAAAGUGGGAAAAAAAUGAAGGAAUGUCAAAUAAGCUUAAAAUUAAAAAUAUCAAUGACGCGCGUUCGAAUAAAAAACAUGCAACCAAAAACAAAAAAAAUCCAUUUUGAAAUGUAGCAAGUUAAAAAAAAAUGUUGCAAUAAAAGUAAAAAUGAAGCUAUUUCAAAUAAAAAUAAAACAAGUUCCAAUAAAAUAAAAUGCAGGAAGUUCAAAUAAAAAAAGCGAGUUUCAAUAGUAAAAUAAAAUCAAACUAAAUAAAAAGGUAGCGAGUUCACAUAAAAAUCUACAAAAAAGAUAAAAUUAAUCAUAGGCAGCAAGUUCACAUAAAAUAAUCAUGUAAGACAAAAAGUUAGUAACACUAACCCUAAGUAAAAAAAAAAAAAAUCCAUGUCAAACAAAUCAAGAUGAAGCAAGAUGAAAUGAAUAAUUGAAAGUUCAUGUUUACAUUUUUCACAUAUUUUUUUGUAAAUGAAACUCCAUCUAUUGACAGUACUUUUACUUUUUAAUUUCUUUUUUUCAUUUUCUUGCUCACCACUGAAGGUUUUCCACUGACAUACGUACAAGAAUUCAUAAAUAAAUAAAAAUGUAUUCACAACAAAAUGGAA